AGAAAAACGACGAAGAAGAAGAAGAAGAAGAAGAAGAAAGAAGGUGGUCUGCGAGUUCAGUCUCUUAUUGCAAGAUGGCAGAAGUAGAAGCAUCAGUGAAAAAGAAGAAGAAGGUGAAGAAAGUCAGUGAAGAAGAAGUUGGGGAGAUCCAGCAGAGCGGAGACUUUUUCAUCAAACCAGAGUCUAAAGUCGCCUGUCUGGAUACGUCACAGUGGCCGUUGUUACUGAAGAACUUUGACAGACUGAACAUCCGGACAGCUCAUUACACUCCUCUACCAAAUGGCAGCAACCCUCUGAAGAGAAACAUCCAGGAUUAUGUCAGGUCAGGCUUCAUCAACCUGGACAAACCAGCAAACCCUUCAUCUCAUGAGGUCGUAGCAUGGAUCAGGAGGAUCCUGCGGGUAGAAAAGACGGGUCACAGCGGCACGCUGGAUCCAAAGGUUACUGGCUGUCUGAUUGUGUGUGUAGAUCGAGCCACGCGAUUGGUCAAGUCACAGCAGAGUGCCGGUAAAGAGUACGUGGGGAUCGUUCGGCUGCACAAUGCGAUAGAGAGUGAACACACUUUGGCUCGGGCGUUGGAGAUGCUUACAGGCGCUCUGUUCCAGCGACCGCCGCUGAUCGCCGCCGUCAAACGUCAGCUGAGAGUCCGAACAAUCUAUGAGAGCAAACUGAUUGAAUAUGAUCCAGAGAGGAGGCUGGGUAUCUUCUGGGUGAGCUGUGAGGCAGGAACUUACAUCAGGACCCUGUGUGUCCAUCUGGGACUGAUGCUCGGGGUUGGAGGUCAGAUGCAGGAACUGAGAAGAGUCCGGUCGGGGGUACUGGGAGAAAAGGACCACAUGGUGACAAUGCACGACGUCCUGGAUGCUCAAUGGCAGUUUGAUCACAACAAAGAUGAGUCAUACCUGAGGAGGGUGAUCUUCCCUCUAGAGAAGCUGCUGGUGUCUCACAAACGGCUGGUGAUGAAGGACAGUGCUGUGAAUGCCAUCUGUUAUGGGGCAAAGAUUAUGCUGCCGGGAGUCCUCAGGUACGAAGACGGUAUAGAGCUGAACCAGGAAAUCGUCGUCGUAACGACCAAGGGCGAGGGCAUUUGCACAGCCGUUGCUCUGAUGACUACAGCUGUGAUCUCCACAUGUGAUCAUGGCGUUGUGGCCAAGAUUAAAAGGGUGAUCAUGGAGAGGGACACGUAUCCCCGGAAAUGGGGUCUAGGACCAAAGGCAAGUCAAAAGAAGAUGAUGAUUCAGAAAGGACUCCUGGACAAACACGGGAAACCAAACGGCAGCACACCGGAUGACUGGAAGAACCAGUACAUCGACUACAGCAUCUCAAAGACGACAGAAGAAUCUUGUGAGUCUUCAGCAAAGAGGAAGAGAGAAGUGACAGAUAGUGAUGGUGAAGCUGUGACAACCAGCAUGCUAUCUGCAGAGGAUGUGAAGAAAGAAAAGAAGAAGAAAAAGAAAGAAAAAAGAGCAAAACUGGAGGAGGCAGAGCCUGAGCAAGAAGGGGUGGAGCCUGAGACAGAGGUUGUUCAAAGUGCCAAGAAAAAGAAAAAGAAGAAACAGAAAGAUGACAAUGUGUCAGAGUGACCACAGGAACAAAGUGAUGGACUCCCCCCACUGCCACACCUGUCUGAAUGCAACAAUAUACAACAAUAGACUGCAUGAAUGUGGGAAGUUUUUGGUUUUUAUAUAAAUGUUUUCUGCUGUAAAUACCUAAACAAGUAAACCUGUUUGUAAUUUCAAAAUAAAGGUUUGUUUUCUGUA